GGGGAAGGUUUAAUUUUUUUAAAAAAUAUUUUUAAAUUUAAAAAGAGGAGGAAAGAGAAAAGCCUUUUUAAUUUUUAUAAUAUUUUUAAAAUUAUUUUAAUAUGAAAUUGAUCACUCGUAUUCUCGGUACGUGCCUACACGCGUCUUAUCCUAGUUUACUUUUUUAAUGUCACAUAAGUCCAAUCAAUGAUUAAAGAGUUUGAAAUAAUAUUUUUUAGUGAUUCAUGUGUAUAAAUGAAGUAGACCUGUCCAAUUUACAAGUCCAUGAACUAUUUUGCCUUGUUUCUAUUUGAUGAAGUUGCUUCUUUUACAAUUACUUUCAUGUCGUACUUAUCCUUUACCUGUGUACCAUUCUAUAAUCUUUAACUAUAAUGUCUUCAUUAAGGUCAAUUUCUACUACACUUGACAUUAAAACUUGCUUUGAGCUUCUAAAAACAUGCAAAUCUAUUACAAAACUCAAACAAAUCCAUGCCCAAGUAAUCAUCCUCAAUUUCCACAAACACAUUGGCAUUUUACACAAGCUAUUAGCCUUUACAACUCAUAAUAAUAAUUUAAAUUACGCCAAGAAAAUCUUCAAUACUUGUCGCCAUAACCCAACAUUGUUCAUGUACAAUGUAAUGAUUAAAGGGUAUGUGAAAAAUGGUCAAUUCAAACAACCCCUUUUACUCUUUGAUGAAUUGAGAAUUUGUGGUUUGUGUCCCGAUAAUUUCACGUAUCCAUUUGUGUUUAAAGCUGUUGGUGAAUUGAAAAUGGUGAAGGAAGGUGAAAAGAUUCAUGGGCAUGUGUUGAAAUCUGGUGUUUGGUUUGAUAAUUAUGUGGGUAAUUCUGUUAUGGAUAUGUAUAGUUUGUUUGGGAAUGUGGGAAGCUUAAACAAGGUGUUUGAUGAAAUGCUUCAGAGAGACUCGGUUGCGUGGAAUAUAUUGAUUUCUGGAUUUGUUAGAUGUGGUAGGUUCCAGGAUGCUGUUGAGGUUUACAACAAGAUGAGGGAGGAAAGUGGUGUUAAGGCUGAUGAAGCUACGAUUGUGAGUACUUUAUCCGCUUGCACCGCGUUGAAAAGGUUGGAACUUGGUAAAGAAAUUCAUCGAUACGUUGUUGAGGAGGUUGGGUUCAGUGUCAUUAUUGGGAAUGCAUUAGUGGAUAUGUAUUGUAAGUGUGGAUGUUUGAUGGUGGCCAGGCAGAUAUUUGAUGAUAUGUCAGUGAAAAAUGUGAUAUGUUGGACUAGUAUGGUGUCGGGGUAUGUUAAUAGCGCUCAAUUGGAUGAAGCUAGAAAACUUUUUGAGAGGAGUCCCGUAAGAGAUCUAGUUUUGUGGACAACUAUGAUUAAUGGGUAUGUGCAAUUCAAUCGUGUUGAUGAUGCAAUGGACCUGUUUCGAUUAAUGCAAAUGCAGAGGAUUAGACCUGACAAAUACACACUGGUUGCUCUUCUCACUGGUUGUGCUCAGUUAGGAUUGUUUCAGCAAGGGGAAUGGAUUCAUGAUUACAUGAAGGAAAAUAGAAUAACUGUUACUACCGUUGUUGGUACUGCCCUUAUAGAGAUGUAUGCAAAGUGUGGUUGUAUAGAAAAAUCGAUGGAAAUAUUUGAUGAAUUAGAAGAGAAAGAUACCGCAUCUUGGACUUCAAUUAUUUGUGCGCUAGCCAUGAGCGGAAACUCUAGGAAGGCACUGGAACUAUUCUCGGAAAUGGAACAAGCUGGAUUUCGCCCCGAUGAUAUCACCUUUAUUGGAGCGUUAAGUGCAUGCAGCCAUGGGGGUUUGGUAGAGGAAGGCCACAAGUAUUUCCACGCAAUGAGUAGGAUUUAUGCAAUUCAGCCAAAGUUAGAACAUUAUGGUUGUUUGAUAGACCUACUUGGUCGUGCUGGGCUCCUAAGUGAAGCUGAAAUAAUGAUAUCUCAGAUACCCAAUAAAGACAAUGAGAUUAUAAUUCCAAUAUAUGGGGCUUUGCUUAGUGCCUGCAGAAUUUACGGCAAUGUUGAUGUGGGUGAACGUGUGGCUGAACUGCUAAUGGAGAUUGAAUCUUAUGAUUCUAGCACUCAUACACUUCUGGCAAACACCUAUGCAUCUGCUGGCAGAUGGGAAGAUGUAUCAAAGAUCAGAGGAAGUAUGAGAGAUUUAGGUGUUAAGAAGUCGCCUGGAUGCAGUUCAAUCGAUAUCAAUGGAAAUGUGCACGAGUUCAUUGUUGGACAUUAAUCCUCUUGAAAUGAAAUAUGCUAUUUGUUGGGUAGCAUCUCUUAGCUACAUCUAGGGGCAAGUUCAUAGAUGUUUCUGAAGGUAGAAAAGUUCAGGUGAUUUAUGACUUGGAUCUUUUUUCCCAUUAGGCUUGACUCUGUCCUUUGAUGGUGCUUCCUUUUCCUCUUGUUUUCAUGAGAAAUCUUUUGAUCUCUUGGAUGUGGCCAAUUUAUUGAAUGUCCAAUUUGAUGCUCAAUUUACUUCAUACAGGACCUACCACAAACGAGGUGGUCAGCAAGAUGGGCGAAAAAGCUCCAGCACUUUCAUAUCUCCACUGCAGAAGUUUAAAACAUGAAGUCUUUCCUUUCUAGCAACCCGGUCUGCUUGCAGCUGGAUUGGUUGAUGAAGGUCUUCUAAAAGUUUGAGUUUGAAGGGUGACGAAUAUGGGUCAGUGCUCAGCAUUGUUGAUAUUAUAUGACGAGUUGCACGGGUAGUUGAAGCAGAUGUUUCUUCUAAGCCGUUGGGUUAGAAGGGUGUAAAGUCUUGGGAUUAUCUGGAUCAAUCCUUGCUGCCUACUGAGCUAACAGAAAUUUUGAAGUGGAGAAAGUAGUUGUCAGUAAGCUGCGUGAAAUAGGGGGACAAGGUCAUAGUAUGCAGAGGAAGGAAAUUGGCUGUCCGCCACAGGUGUUAGAAUGGGAAUGUGCUACCGGUUCUUAGAUUGAUCUAGUUUCUGUUCUAACUAUUUUGUUUCUGAUGAUAAGAAGCCCCUUCUGCUGUUAAUAUGCUGGGAAAUUAGGAUUAAUAUGACGGAUGCUGGUUAUAAGUCUAUACUCUAAUCCAUAGAGGAGUUGACUUAUGUGGUAGCCAAAUGAAGGCUUUUCGUUCCUGGACUAGGUACCUUUGUAUUCAUGAGUCUGUUGAAGGGGUUUUGCAACAUGUUGACAUGCUUAUAGUUAACUUCCUGACCUGUUUAGUCUCUGAGAUAUGAGGUUCAGUUUGUGAAAUGGACAUUUUGUGUUCCAUUGAUUCCAAUUCUCCUGUUACAAAUGGAUAGGCCAUGUAGAUGUCAAAGGAAGGCAGAGAAUCCAUGAAGCAACAUCUGUUGAGCUGUCUAACUGACUGCAACACAACUAAAUUAGGUGAGCAUCAUAUCGACCUUUGAAGGAUUGGCUUCUGUUUUGGAAAUCACUUUUCUUGCACAAUGGAGUUUUUGCUCUUGGCUGAUUUAGGUAAUGUUGCUUAUGAAAAAUUCUAGGAUUUUUACUUAGUACUUUUCAGUGUACCAAAAAUAAUAUGAUUGAGAAGUGCAACAUUAAGGUGCAAGCAAGGAAACAACCUUGUCUAACUAAACCAUUGGGUCUUUCUCCAGUUUAUCCCUAUUCAGGACUCCUUGAUAUAGUCUCAUCCUAUUAGACAGUAUAGACUUGGUUUGGAACCCGAUGCAUAUCUCCUCUCCAAAUCCUAAAGGACAUUGGAAGAUAUUAUAAAAUUAAACAUAUGAAAUUUUUUAUUUUUUUUUGUUUUUUCAAUAUUUGUUGGAAUUGACACUUUAGAUUCAGAUAUAUCGUGUCUUGUACAUUAGAAAUUCUUUCAUUUUAUCAUUUGUUUUGUAUUUUAUAAUGACCAACAAUUGGAUUUCUUAAUUAAACAAUGAGAAAUUAACCAAUUUCUCUUUUGGCAGUCUUUUUUGUUUUAUCAUCGCAAUACCUUUCCCUCAAUUAGUCUAUUCCUGACUAUGGGUAAUCGGUGGAUUUUUUCUUUUUGGAAAUAUUGGAUAUUUUGAUAGAAAACAAGUUCUUUUAGAUAUCUCAAAACAAGUACAUUUAUACACAAAUAAAAGAAUGACACCUCAAUUCCAAGCUAGUAACAGGCUUAAAUAUUAUUUAGCAUAUUGAAUUAUUGUAUGUGUGGUUAUAAGAUGAUAGUAUUAAACAAAUUGCUAGCCCUAGUUAGGGUGUGAUAAACUUGAUAUCAGAGCAUUGAUUUUCUCGUGAGUCAUUGACCACUAUCUUGAUGGAAUCUAUACUCUGGAUAUGUUGCGCGCCAUAUCCGUAUUUUGUGAUUUUGUGAUUUUGUGGAGGGAUAUUAAGUAUUCUAAUGUGUUUAGAAUUCUUUCAAUGUCGAUAAGUCAUGUCUAUAGCCAAAUAAGUGUAUUAACUACUCCCUCUGUUUAAAAAAAAAUGACCUACUUUCCUUUUUAGUCCGUUUAAAAAAUAAUGACCCCUUUUCUUUUUUAGCAACUUUUGAAUUUUAACUUUCCACAUGACAUGUUUAAGGCCACAAGAUUGAAGGGCAUUUUAGUACAUUUGACAUAUCUUUAAUUUAAGAUCACAAGAUUCAAAAAUCUUUUUAAUUUUCUUAAACUCCGUGUCAAGUCAAACUAGGUUAUUCUUUUUGAAAUAGAGGGAGUAUAACUUAUUUAGAAGGAGCAGGAGAUAUCACCUUAACAUAGAUCACAAUUAGAUCUCAGGAAGGCUAAUGGAGUGAGAAAUUUGUUCAGAUUGAGAGUUUUCCUCUUAUUCCCCAACCAAUAGGAAAGUGGAGAAGGGGAGCCUUAGAGUAACUGGUAAAGUUGCUGCCAUGUGACCAGGAGGUCAUGGGUUCAAGCCUUGGAAACAGCCUCUAGCAGAAAUGCAAGGUAAGGCUGCGUACGAUACACCCUUGUGGUGGGGUCCUUCCCCAGACACCGCACAUAGCGGUAGCUUUAGUGCACCGGGCUGUCCAAUAGGAAUGUGGAAAGACUUUACUCGCACCCAAUGGGAUAGGAUAGACAAUCUUAUGAUUAACGUUAUUGUUAGAAUAGGAGUAGGAACAGGAAUAGUUUAUAGAAUUCUACUUGGAAAAGGAUUGUAAUGUAGUGUCCUACUUGGAAAAGGAUUAGAAUGUAGUGUCUAUAAAUAGGGUCUCAGUGUAAUAAUGUUAAUAUAGAUACACAAUUCAGUAAUAUUCUUCUCUUAUAUUUCUCACAUGGCAUCAGCGCUUCUACUAUCUUGGUAGAAAAUCAAAGAGCUUCUGCUGCCUGCGGGCGGCUAUGACCCAUAUACGCCGCCCGUCUGGCCAUGAUUAUGUUAGCAAAAGUUGGGCGACUGUGCUUCCUUCUAAUGGCUUCUCAUAUCUGGUUCGCGGAGCAGCGUGCAUCUUUCCAAUUAGUACUUUCUCAUAUUUGGUUUUCGUAGCACCGUGCAUCUUUCCAGUGGCUAGUUUCUUAUAUCUGGUUUGCGUAGCAUCGCGUAUCUUUCCAGUGACUACUUUCUCAUAUUUGAUUUCGUAGCAUCGUGCAUCUUUCUGGACUACUUUAUCAUAUUUGAGUUACCUAGCACCGUGCGUCUUUCCAGUGACUCCUUAGAUCUGAUUUGUGUAGCUUCUUGCAUCUUUUCGGUGACUCAGAUCUGAUAUACGUAGUUUCACUUUUCGUUAGUGUUGUGCAAAACAAAACUAGCACCACCAAGAGGUCCAGUGUCUUCCUGCGACCAAACCCCAUCAGUUCCACUAUGAAUCGAUCUCCCACACGCCGCCUAGGAGAUCGCCACCUCCGACAGGAUCUGAUUGUGUGCUGGUGCAUGAGCCUGUUUCGGCUAAUUUUUGGCAACUUUUCUGUUCAAGAUCUACUCAUCUCUUAAUUUCGAGGUGACUUAUAUUUUAUACUAGCUUUUGAAAUUUUCGGCAACGUUUACUACUUUUUCGACCAUUUUUUUUUAGUUUGUUCCUUUUCAGUUGAAGUCGCCCAGAAGGCAUGAGCAGUUCUUACAAGUUUUCUUAUAGAUAUCAUCACUAAGUCCCUCACUGGUCCUCGUAUUACUUAUAUUUGUAGCAAACUCGACGCAUAUGACUUGUAAGCACCAGUAUGAGGGGGAGUGUUAGAAUAGGAUUAGGGAAAGUAAUAGUUUAUAGAAUCUUACUUGGAAAAGAAUUAUAAUGUAAUGUCCUAUUUGGAAAAGGAUUAGAAUGUAGUGUUUAUAAAUAGGGCCUCAGUGUAAUAAUGUAGAUACACAAUUCAAUAAUAUUCUUCUAUUAUAUUUCUCAUAAUUAUUGUGGAAAAUAUGUCCCAAAAAUAAAGUAGAUGACUAUUAGUAUACUAUUGGUAGUUUUAAAUUAUUAGAGUUUUAUGUGGCUUAAACUUAGGAAUUAGUUAACUCUUUAUUAUUUGAAUUUAAAUUUGAAAUUUAAGUUUAGUUGCUUAUUUGUAUAUUUUCUAGUUAGAAAUUUAGCUAUAAAUAUGUCUUUGAGUUAUUAAUAGAGCAAUUUCCUUUGACAAUACAACUGCAAUAUUUUCUCUCUCUAAGUCUUUCUCUGUUAUUUCUGUAAUUUCAAAGCUAAAAACCAACAAUUGGUAUGAGAGCCAUUUUCUUGAGGGAUCUAUGAGUGAGAUGAAUUCUGAAAACAACUUUUCCCAAAUAACUCCUCCUGUCUUUGAUGAUGAGAUUUACCAACUUUGGGCAGUAAGAAUGGAGAUUUAUCUUGAGGCUUUAGAUCUUUGGGAGGCCAUGGGGGAGGAUUAUGAUUUUCUUCCGCUGCCCAAAAAUCCCACGGUGGCCCAGAUCAAAAGCCAUAAGGAAAAAAAAAACAUAAAAUCAAAGGCAAAAGUAACUUUGUGAGCUAGUGUGUUUCCAACAAUUUUCACACAAGAAUUAUGACCCUUAAAUCAGCAAAAGCAAUUUGGGAUCAUUUGAAGAAAGAAUAUACAUGAGAUGAAAGAAUACGAGGCGUGCAGGUGUUGAAUCUAACAAAGGAAUUCGAAUUGCAAAAGAUGAAAGAAUCUAAGACCGUCGAAGAGUACUCAGACCGACUUCUUGGCAUUGUUAACAAGGUAAAAUUGCUUGACACUAAAUUUAUAGAUUCAAGAAUUGUUGAAAAAAUUCUUGUUACAGUGCCUGAAAGAUAUGAAGUAUCAAUAACUACCUUAAAAAAUACAAAAGACCUGUCCAAGAUUACCUUUGCAGAAUUGUUAAAUAAAUUGCAGGCACAAGAGCAAAGAAGGCUUAUGUGACAGGAUGGUGUGGUUGAAGGGGCUUUGAUAGCCAACCACAAGACUUAAAGCAAGGGUAAUAAUCCAAGAAAAAACUACCCACCUUGCCAGCACUGUGGCAAAAUAGGUCAUCCUCUAUUUAAAUGUUGGAAGAGACCAAAUGCACAAUGCAAGAUCUGCAAUCAACUUGGUUAUGAAGCUGUGAUUUGCAAAAGCAAAUCUCAAAAAUAUGAAUCAAAUGCACAGGUCACCAAAGAAGAAGAAGAAGAUCAUUUAUUUGUGGCAACAUAUUUCUCAACUAAGAAUCUGAUUUUGAAUGAUUGACAGUGGUUGUACAAACCACAUGACAUAUUUCAAAACUCUUUAAAGGAGUUUCUACCUUUGGAAAAUAAGAGAGUCAGAAGUGGGAACCACAUGACAUAUUUCAAAACUCUUUUAAGGAGUUUCUACCUUUGGAAAAUAAGAGAGUCAGAAGUGGAAAUGGUGACUAUAUUCCUACAGAAGGAAAAGGGAAUGUUGCAAUCAAAGCAAUUUCAGAAGAUGCACACAAGCAUUGCAAGACCAAAGAUGAAUUGACAGAUUUACUCAGGAGGUCAAAUGCAGCUGAGACUACAAUCUACAAUUUCCGAUCCAAGGAGUGUUGAAAAUAUGUCUUGGAAAUAAAGUAGAUUAGUUUUAAAUUAUUAGAGUUCUAUGUGGCUUAAACUUAGGAAUUAGUUAUCUCUUUGUUAUUUGAAUUUAAAUUUGAAUCUAAGUUUAGUUGCUUAUUUUUAUAUUUAGCUAGAAAUUUAGCUAUAAAUAUGUCUUUGACUUAUUAAUAAAACAAUUUUCUUUGGCAAUACAAUUGCAGUAUUUUUUCUCUCUAAGUCUUUAUCUGUUAUUCUUUAAUUUCAAAGCUUAAAACCAACAGUUAUUAAAUAUCUUUCUUAAGAAGGUACAGAAAAAGACAAUAAGGACACAAGGUCUUUGUUGCUCACCCUCGCAAAAAAAUGCUGUCGCACCCGCGUCCGAUCAUCCCAAAAUGCACUGCUUUCUGAUGAUUCGGAAUGCAGCCGAGACAUUUUUAAGAGUCAAGCAACCUAACAUGAGGUAGAAACUCAAUGAUACAAUAUGUGUGGUUAAAUACCAAACUGUCGUCCUAAAAUUAGCAAAGUUUCUAGUAAUUCUUUGGCAUCAGGUCUUUCACUUGGAGAGACACUUAUGAAUUGCAGAGCAACUUCAAGCAGCAAAAGCAUUUGUUGAUGAACUUGAACAGAAUUUCCACUCUCUGCUGUCAAGAACUUCUCCCAAAUCUUCAUGCUGAAUAAUCCACUUAGCCAGCUCUGUUCCUUUGCUCACUUCUGGUUUCCCAUUUAGCAGCUCAAGCACUAUUACCCAAAGGUAUACUUAUUAACAGCAUGUGUCACUCUCAUCACAUAUUACAUAUUCUGCAAUUACACACAUUACAUGAAAAAUCAUGCAGGUGGUUUAAAACAAGAUUUUGUUAGACCCUGCAGGUAAUGUUGGAAAUUGGGUUUGCCAAAUCCUGUUAAAUCAUUGACUUUUAAAACAGAAAGAAAAUAAAAAGUAGCUAUUUAGUGAAGCUGGUAUCCUGCAUAAAGGAGAAAGAGAUUCAAAAAAUUGGUGUCGUAUAUUCAAAAGAUGUAAGGUUCAAUCACAUUGAAUACUUUCCUUCCCCUUCCUUCUAUCCCGACUUACCACUUAAAAAGACCAUGAGCUAAAUAGAGUAACAUAGUCACUAGAAAUUCUUACUGCUGAUUUCAACUUCUUUGAUACUCAGGUGUAGUAAUAGCAAUUGUAGUAGUAGUAUAAGAAUAGGAACUAUAAAUGAAGUCCUUAAAAUAACAAAGACUACAAAAAAUAAGAGUUGGUUCGUGUUGGUUUGUGGGUGACGUGAUAUCUCUGUGUUGUAGUUAUUGUCCUACCCAAGUGGAUAUAAUUUUUGGUUUCAUACUCAAGACACAACGAACCUUAAAUUUCUUGAUGAAGAAUCGGACAAAGGGAUUCUUGAAUCCUGAAAAGUACUCUCAGUUGCCUUCUCAAAUGUAGGUAAAAUAGUGUGCAACGUGAAGUGAAUGAUUGUCAUGUGUAGGUAGAAGAUUUCAUUAAAAGACAUGAAUUAAAGAACAUUCGAUAGUUACUUAUUCGUAAUUAUGCUCACAUGUAUAUAUGGUUUCAGUACAACUAUGUAAUGAUUUGUGCUUAAUACAUACAACCGUUACCUUCUCAAAAAAAAAAAAAAAAAAAAAAAAAAAAAAAAAAGAAAGAAGAA